AUGGAUCGCCACGGAAGACCUGAAGAGGAGAUGUUCCUCAGUAAACCCACUGAAGAUUGCGACAGCCCUACGGUUGAACCACUAAGGAUAUUCAACCCCCAGAGUCCCAGACCUGGCUCCGAUAAAGCCUCAGAGAGGUUCAAAUAUCCCGCCCCGGCAUCUUCCAAGUCUUCUUUUCCCCUCCCGCCGGGCGCCUCGAGCUCUGCUGCGCCUCUGCCGUAUCCUGAUGACGACGACCAUCGAUUUAGUCAGCCUUCUCAGUCGAGUCGACCUCCAUAUCCUACCGACGACCGCCGUCCAUCUCUCAAUAAGAUCUACACGAGCCCUCCGGGCUCCUCACAUCCGAGUUCAUUCAACGACACCUCCCCACGAUUAGAAACAAGUCCUACCGGGAAGAGACCAGGUCUUGCUGAACGACGGGGAACCGCUCCUAGACCUCUACCAGCGUCGCUCAGUCCGGCCAGCCCUCCUCCACAAGACGACAGCGGUCUCUUCGCAAAGCCCCUCGGCAACCAAGCAAGACCGGCACCUAUCAGCACUACCACGUCCUUCCCUGACUAUCAUCAAAAGCCCUACUAUCCUCCGCCUAGGGCGAACUCUGCGGCUUCGAGCUCAAGCUCGAACAGCAAUGCGCGGCCCCAAGCAGCAAGCGAAGACAACCACCUCAAGAUGCCAGAUAGCGGCGUGAACCGCUUUGCAUCCACAGCUUCCACAUCAACUACAAGAGCGAGUCGAGGAUCUCCACCCCCGCCGGAGACUCCUAUCGUAGAACCCGGUACCGUCCCCGGAGGAGGUAUCGAGGCGAGAUAUGCGGCUGCUGGUAUAUCCGGAACCGCUACCCUUAAUAGUCUUCAAAGCUCCGCGGCGGCUCAGCGACUGGCGCAAUAUGGACAGCACCCGGCUACGCAGCAGCAGCAGCAACAGCAGCCGCCUCGUCCUUGGACGCCGACGGAGACUCCUGAUCAGCAACUACAUGGACCCCCUACGGUAUACCAGGGAGCAAACCCCGUCACCAGCCCUACCGCUUCGACUUUCAGCGCGCAGGCAACACGGCCGGCAAAUAUCAAUACAAGCUCAACCCCUACUCCAGCUCCGGCACCGGCCUCGAGCUCAACCGCCAGUAGCGGCGGACCUGCGCUCCAGAUCAGCGUGCUGGAACAAGACUUCCAGCGAAUGCAGAUGUCGCCCAGUCCCCCUCCCGCAUACUCCAGCAUCAAUCUGAGCGGAAGCUCCUCGGCCUAUCCCAACGAGAAGCAGCGGCCAACUCAGGCGAGCUCGAGCUCGUCGACGCCAGCCCAAGCCGCCCAGGCCACGUCGCCGCCCAAGAAGCAGGCGGAAGCCGUAGCCGCCGUAGCCCUCGCGUCCCCGGCUCUACAACAUCCCGGCCACCCGGCCUUCGCGAACGACCCCAGACCGGAGCCCCUGCAGAACGGCCAGCCGCCGCAGUUCGUGGUCGCCGGCGCUACUGCUCAUACGCCGUCGCCCUUCCAGGGCCAGGGCCCGACCUCGCCGCCGCCGCUGCCCGAGGGCUGGAUCGCCCACCUGGACCAGAACUCGGGCCAGUACUACUACAUCCACCUGGCGACGCAGGCGACGCAGUGGGAGUUCCCCAAGGGCCCCAACCCGAUCCACCACCACCACGAGGCGCCGCCCAUCUCCCCCACGGCGUCCACGUACGGCAACCCGCUCGGUUCGCCCAUGUUCGGCAAGCAGAGCGCCCUGGCCUCGCCCAUGUUCCCGCCCCAGACCCCCGCGGGCUACGCCGAGAGCAUCAUGAGCGUGGCCACGGCGACCCCGACCGUCGCCGCCGCCGGGUUCUCGGGCCCGCCCCCCGGCGCCGGCGUCGACAUGUACAAGGUGCAGCCGACGAACGGGGUGUACUUCGGGCCGUACCUGCGGUACACGAACAUGGACGUGGAGAAGGGCGUCUGGCACGGCAGCAUCCUGAUCGUGACCGACAGCCCCCAGCCCCCCACCAUCCACAUCCACCUGAGCGUGGACCUGUCGCCGAACCCGCGGCAGCUGGUGCCGCACACCAUCUUCACGCACCAGCGGUGGCAGUUCUUCAAGUACGACGUCGACCUGCCGAUGGGCGAGGGCGGCACCGAGCGGUGGACGUACGCCGUGACCUCGCACCUCGGGUGCACGCGGUACGAGUUCGUGGUGGCGGGGCGGGGCGAGACGAGCUGGCGGUUCAUCGCGCACUCGGGGAACGACUUCGCGGCGUCGACGUCGCAGAGCGAGCGCGGCAAGCUGGGCGGGCUGGGCUUCAUGUGGAAGGACGUGCUGCAGAAGAACGUGGAUUGCGGCGGCUUCCACGUCCAGCUCGGGCUCGGCGACCAGAUCUACGGCGACCGGCUCUGGAAGGAGGUCCCGCUGCUGAAGCAGUGGCUCGCCAUGCCCGGCCGCGACAACCGCAAGAACGCCCCGUGGACCGCCCGCCACGAGGAGGACGUGUCCCACGCCUACUUCCACUUCUACACGAGCCAUUUCGACCAGCCGUUCCUCCGGGAGGCGUUUGCGCAGAUCCCGCAUAUUUGCCAGAUCGACGAUCACGACAUAUUCGACGGCUACGGCUCGUACCCGGAUUACAUGCAGAACUCGCAGAUGUUCAAGAACAUCGGGCGGAUCGCGGUGGACAUGUACCUGCUGUUCCAGCACCACACGACGCUGGAGGUGUUGCGGAACGUCGGGCACGACAUGGACCUGUUCACGGUGACGGGCCAAGGGUGGCACUUCAUCAAGUACCUGGGGCCGGCGGUGGUGGUGGCGGGCGUGGACCUGCGGUCGGAGCGGACGCAGAGCCGGGUGCUCGCGGGCCCGACGUACCAGGGCCUGUUCCCGAAGAUCGCGAUGCUCCCGCCCAGCGUGCAGCACUGCCUGUGGAUGCUGUCGGUGCCCAUCGUGUACCCGCGGCUGGACACGGUCGAGAGCCUGGCGAACACAUUCGCGACGGGAAAGAAGGCCGUCAACACGACGUACAACGUGCUGGGCAAGGUGACGAGCUCGGUGGCGGGCAUCGUCGGCGGCAAGGAGAUGGUCGCGCAGGGCUUCAGCCAGGUCAAGAAGGCGGUCGGGAAGUCGGGCCUCAUGGGCAACGUCGUCAACCAGUUCGGCGACUUGGACAUCGGCGAGAUCCUGAAGGACAUGUGGACCCACGAUAGCAAGGACCUCGAGCGCACGUAUCUGAUCCGCACGCUGCAGGGGAUAUCGCAUCAGAAGGGCUUGCGUAUGACGUUCUUGUCCGGAGACGUCAACGCCGCAGGCGCCGGCCUCGUGCACGACCCGGCGCACCCGAGCGACCACAAGACGAUGUACCAGAUCAUCACGUCGCCGAUCGUGGCGGCGCCGGCGGCGCAGUACAUCCUGAAGAUGCUGCACAGCAACCGGACGCACUACGUGCCGGCGAACGGGCAGCGGUCGUCGCCCAACGAGGUCAGCGACACGAAGGAGGACAUGAUGGAGAUCUUCCACACGGACGCCAGCGGCGCGCCCCGCGAGCUCAAGAAGCUCAUGGGCCGCCGCAACUACGUCGCCGUCGUCGCCUACGACCCCGACGCCGUCGCCGUCCCCGCCACCCCGUACGGCCCCAACACCCACCACCAGCUCCACCAGCAGGCGAACGGGGGCGUGAGCAGGCUGAGCCUCGCCGUGGAUUUCGUGGUCCAGGGAGACGGCGCGUUCACCGUGCCGACGAAGUAUGGCCCGGUUAUCGUGCCGCAUUUGGAAUUCGGGAGGUAA